AUUUGGUCUAUUUCUCUCCGUCACCUUUCACACCACCCAAAUAAAAUUUCCCAUUUCUCUCAUUUCCCCCAAAAUUUUAUUUUCCUAAAUAUCAAUUAUUUGCUGGAUUUGGAAUCAUUUAUCGCAGUGGCGUCUGGAGCUGUUUGGCAGAAUCCCUUUUUUUUCAUCUUUUUUUCGCAGUAAGCUUGCAAAAGUUUGCUUCUUCUUCUUCUUCCCCAAUCCAUCAAAGUCAAAAUCGAAAAAAAAAUUAUUUGGAUUGAUGAUGGAAUUCAAAUCUGGAGAUGAUCACAUAGACCUGCCUCCUGGGUUUCGAUUUCACCCAACCGAUGAAGAACUCAUCACUCAUUAUCUGUCGAAGAAGGUUCUCGAUCCUUCCUUCUCCGCCGUCGCCAUUGGCGAAGUCGACAUGAACAAAGUCGAGCCGUGGGAGCUGCCUUGGAGAGCGAAAUUAGGGGAGAAGGAAUGGUAUUUUUUCUGCAUAAGGGAUAAGAAGUAUCCGACGGGGCUGCGAACGAACAGAGCUACGGCCGCCGGCUACUGGAAGGCGACCGGCAAAGACAGAGAGAUUUUGAGGGGGAGGAGUUUGGUUGGGAUGAAGAAGACUUUGGUUUUCUACCAAGGGAGAGCCCCGAAGGGCGAGAAAUCGAACUGGGUCACGCACGAAUACAGACUGGAAGGCGAAUUCUCGCCUCCCGGUUCCGCAAAGAACGAUUGGGUGAUCAGCAGAGUGUUUCAGAAGACGACGGGCGGGAAGAAGAUCCAUAUAUCGGGGAUGACGAGAGUCGAAUCCGCAACAAUGCCGCCAUUGGUCGAUUCAAUGAAGCUCGAACCUAAAUACGAACAUGAACACGAACACGUGCACUGCUUCUCCAAGGCCGCGGCCGCCGUGGCUCCACACAAAGAUUUAUUCAACAAUGAUCCAAUUUUCCCAUCAUCUUCAAAUCAUGUGGAUUUUUCAUCAUUUUCAAGAUCACAGUUUCCUCAGAUUCAAGGUGAAGCUGGUUUCACUUUCCCUGAUUUGUAUUCCUCAACAGGAUUCUACUCUUUCGAGGAAUUAUGAUUCAAGAAUUCAAAAAAAAAAAAAAAAAAAAGUUAGCAUUUGGAUUACAAGAUUUUGAUGUUUUUGUUAAUAGGUAUAGUAAAGUAGAAAGUAGAAAAUAAGAACAGAUUUUUUUGUUUUUUUUUUUUUUUUUUUUUACAUUGGUGUCAUUAGAAUAUGAUUGUGUGUACAUAGCCAUCGUUUAUUUGAGUGUUUUUAUAUACUUAUUUUUUAGUGGUGUUUAA